AAAGUAGAGGGGUGCGACCGUGCGAGAGAGCAAGAGGGGCCGUUUCGAGAAGCAUAUGGCCGCUGUUUGGGGGAGGGAGAAGGUUUCGAUCUUUCCGUCUAUUUGGAUCGCUCCGCACUCGCUGCUACCUUAGUGGGAUCUGAUUGAGCAGAGGAGAUUCUAGAAAUCGAAUGGGAAUCUUCGUUGCUUGAAGUCGGCCGCUGGAUUCAAGGCGGUGAGAGGAGAAGGUGCCUGCGGAGAAGAUUUGGCCGUGUGAUCGCUGAGUCCAUGGUGGGAUCAGAUAGAGACAGGCAGCGAUCGCGAGAUUUGAUGCGUGGAACAAGCAGGGCGAGUCGUCUCUCGCCCGCUAAGCGACAGCCAAUCGGCUUCUCCUCGCCAACCGUUUCAAAUGAUAAUGUCCACUUUAACAGUGGAGAUGGAGUAGACACGAAUGCGUCGAUGGCUAGGUGGAAGGACAAGGUCAGGAUUUCAAGGUGGAGAUUGAACAACAAUGAUUCGUCUGGUGAAGUGGGCUGCAGCAGAUCGGAAGGUGAGGAGGCUAAUCCUAUUCGUGCAAUGCUUGGUAGUAUCACCACCGCUAGUCUAACUAGUAGGAAGACAGUUGGGCUCCAUGAAAAGGUAGCUGAGGAUAGCGAUAUUGUCGAUCCUGCAUCUGUGCCAAGGAAAUUGAGAUCAGCUAUCAACAAACGCGGCAGUCAGACAUCACCUAAUGAAGCAACAGUUACAAAGAAGAAACAUCAUUGUACUUCUAAUGGUCUCCAGGUGCUGCAUGGGGAUGGCGGAAGGAGGUGCAAACAAAGCAUGCUGUUUGACUCACUUACCAAGGAUGAAGAGAUAGCCGUUGAUGCUUUAUGUACAUUAUCUAGAAUGCCACCUCUAUGCAAGCAAAUUCCACUACAGGAAUGGAGUAGAGUGUCAGAUGAUUGUCAGGAUAUCGAUGCAACCUCAGGCCAAUGUUUAGAAGAUAUAAAAGAGGAGGAUAAAAAUGUUUUGCAACAAAGCACUGUCUGUGAAGUAAGGACUCUCUCUUUUAUGGAAAAGCCAUUUAAAGAGACAAUAAAGGAUGGACAUGCUCCUUCCAGACAACCUAUCACAGUUUGUGGAAAGCCAACUUAUGAUUCCAAUUGUACUAGAACUCCUGAACCUGGUGGUCACAUAGCUCCCUUGUCCGAGAAUGAACACCCAGGGAAUACUCCUUUCAGAAAUCUUAUGAAUUCUUCAAGCCCUUCAGGAAUCUUGCCUCACAGUUGUAAUGGAAUCAGGGCACUGCAACCGACUCAAUAUGAUGAUAUAACAGCCCUUCCACCAUGCAAAUUAGAUAUGUCACUACAGAACGGAGAUGCUGGAUCGGCUUCGCUGGGACAUGAAGUUCAACAAGCAGAGCAUGGGAGUCAAAGUUGUGCAAAACUUGUCUAUGUGGAAGGGGCUAUUCCACCACAUGCCCAGGCCUCAAGCGAUUGUGCAGAGUGUCCUGAACUUAGCACUAUUACUGCUAGACUUGCUUCAAAUGGAAUUGACCAUCCAACUAAGAAGGUUCUGAUCGAUGUGAAGUCGGAUACAAAAAACUGUGCUACUCAUGUAUUCAUAUGCAAUCUUAUCAAAUGCUAUCAAAAUAAGGGGAAUCAACGGACAGUGUCACUGUCGUCCGAGGAACCAAAGUCCAGGAAUGAGUCAAAUUUGCAUGCAACAUUAAACAAUGAUAUAUCUGGGUUACGAAGUGGAUCCAACAGUGUGACAUCUGCUGCUACCAAUGGUUCUAUAGUUGAGAGAAAUACACAUGGAGGAAGAAAUGAAAUUCGAUGUAGCAAAACAUUUAUGCCAGCUCACCUGUCUUCAGUCUCAUUAGAAGUCAAGCAAAAGCGGACCUGUGACUUCCUCUCCUUAUCAGCUGGUGGUGUUGCUAGUACUUCUCCAAAUGGAAUGCAACAUCCUGGGAAGCUUGUUUCUCCUUUUUUGCAUGCUCAGGUUCCACACCAUUCUCUCAUGCCAUAUCCUUUCCCUCGUGUACCAUAUGGCCCACCUUACCCAGAGAAGGUAGCACCACCUGCAGCUACUCAACAGGCACAACUACAAGUAGCACAUUACGGAGGCAACCCAUUCUAUGGACUUAAUAUGGACAACACUAUAGGCAAUAUACAGCUGCAGCAACAGCGCCAGCAGCAACAGAUAUGGCAAGCCCAUCUUGCAAACUACAGGGUUCCUGUAGGCGUUUCAGUGUUGCAGAACGAGCAACUCCGUGAUUCAUCUGGUCCCAUGUCCCAAAGGGUUCAAGCUUCAUCGACUUUGUCUCCUUCCUGUUUGCAAAUACAAGGUGGAUCCAGUCACCGACCUAUCUUUCAGCAACAACACCAUCUUCUUGCUAAUGGUUCCCCAUCAUCUUCCAAAGUGAAGCCUCAUCAACACCAACAAUUCGGAGAUAUGCAUUGAGUAGAUCCAAUCAUGAAGCUUCUUUGCGAUGAUGGGAGUCGCUAGCUAGCGAAGACUAAAAUGAUCAAAUAGGAUGAGAAACCCAUUUAUGAAGACUGCUCAUCAUAUGCUGGAUCAAGCAUGAUGGUUUAAAUGGGAAGACAACAUGGUCAUGUGUUACUAUAGUAGCAUUCUUUUUGUGCAAAAGCAAUGUGUGUAGCACAUCAUAAUUUAGUUUAGUCUAAAAGAUGGGAGGAGAAAAAGGAGGCCUCUCAUGGUAAUAUAUGAUUAUUCUCUGUGUUGAUUCAGUAUGUUGCAACUAAUUCUGAUGUGAAAAGCCAUCGCUAGCAGAUGUAAAGAUGGUUUUUGAGUUUCUUUUGUCAACGUUGCCAAUUGAAUAUGAUUUUGACUUACAGCUGCA